AUGGAUUCAUCGUCGAACAUUAACAAAGCUUUAACGGAGACGCGUUUCUCCGACCUCGAACCUCCGCUCUCCGACGAUAUCAUCGAGGUGCUUGAAAGGUCCGGUUUCGAGUUCUGCACUCCGGUUCAGGCCGCGACGAUCCCUAAACUCUGCAGCCGCAAGGAUGUUGCCGUCGACGCAGCCACCGGUUCUGGAAAAACCCUUGCUUUCCUCCUCCCACUCGUAGAGAUUCUCCGUAUAUCCACCUCCUACCCUCCGAAGUCUCAUCAGGUUAUGGGGGUGAUAAUAUCGCCAACAAGAGAGCUAUCAACGCAGAUAUAUAACGUGGCACAGCCGUUUGUUUCGACUUUGCCUAAUGUGAACUCUGUGCUGCUUGUUGGAGGCCGAGGAAAGGUAGAAGCUGACAUGGAGACUAUCGAAAAGAAAGGAGGCAAUCUCUUGAUCGGCACGCCUGGAAGGCUUUUAGAUAUAAUGGAACGGAUGGAGAUUCUAAAUUUCCGAGAUCUUGAGAUUCUUAUGUUAGAUGAGGCAGAUAGGCUUUUGGGAACGGAGUUCCAGAAGCAGGUGAAUGACAUUUUAUCUCGCUUGCCAAAGCAACGGAGGACUGGCCUCUUUUCAGCUACACAAACAGAAGGCGUUGAAGAGCUGGCCAAGGCUGGGCUUAGGAACCCUGUGAGAGUUGUAGUUCGAGCUGAGUCGAAGUCGGAGUCUUCCCAGCAAUUGACAAACUCGAAAACGCCUUCUGGUCUGCAUCUUGAGUAUUUGGAAUGCGAAGCAGAUAAAAAAUCAUCACAACUAGUGGAUCUCCUCAUCGAGAACAAAAAUAAAAAGCUUAUGGUUUUCUUCAUGACCCGUGCUUCUGUUGAUUACUGGAAACUCGUACUUUCACAAAUUCCUACCCUGAAGUCCAUGUCUUUGAUUCGUAUCCAUGGGAAGAUGAAGCAGAAUGCUAGAGACAGGGCAUUAUCUUCGUUCUCAGAAGCAUCAAGCGGUGUCCUUUUGUGCACAGAUAUCGCUGCACGUGGACUUGAUAUUCCAGGCAUCGAUUGCAUAGUUCAGUAUGAUCCCCCAAAAGACCCAGAUGAUUUCAUCCAUAGGGUCGGCAGAACUGCAAGAUUGGGAAGACAAGGGAGGGCCAUUGUUUUCUUACUGCCCAAGGAAGAAGACUAUGUAGAGUUUAUGGACCAAAGAGAGGUCCCUCUUCAGGAGAGAAAAUGCUCUGAGAAUGCAUCCGAUGUCAUCCCAAUUAUGCGUUCAGCUGCCAUGAAGGACCGAGCAGUGUUGGAGAAGGGAUUAAAGGCAUUUGUUUCCUUUGUCCGUGCUUACAAGGAGCAUAAAUGCUUUGACAUUUUCAGAUGGAGAGAGCUUGAAAUCGGAAAGUUAGGCAUGGGGUAUGGCCUCUUGUAUCUUCCUUCAAUGUCUGAAGUUAGACAGCACAGACUUUCCACUGAGGGUUUCACACCCGUUGAAGGCGUCAACUUUGAGGACAUCAAAUUCAAGGACAAAUCUCGGGAGAAACAAAGACAGCAAAAGUUAGAGAAAGCAAGGAAAGAGAAACAGCAGAAAGAGAAAAGUGAGAAAGGCAAGAAAAGCUCGGAAAUGGUGGUUGAUGCUUGUGCUACUACUGAAUCUUACAAAGUGUCGAGAAAGAGAAAGUUAUCAGGAAAACAGAGAGCGAGAAAUAGAAAGUUAACAGGAAAGCAGAGACAAAGCAUCCAAAAAGCUGAAGAUGAAGAAGAGAUGGCUCGAGAAUAUCGGUUGGAGCGAAAACGGAGGAAAGGGUUGAUUAAAGAAGAAGAUGAGCCUGAUGCCUGAUGAUUCAAUCUUCUAAGAAGCAAGAAACCUUUCAGGCUUGGAUUAGAGUAGCUUGUUUUAACACAUUGCCAUUUGCUUGACGUCUAACUUCUUUUACUGGGCAGCUCUUAGGAAGGUGAAGGGUGCAAAUCCCUUUAUCCUUGUCUACAUCAAACCCCUAGAGCUGGUUUGAAGUACUUA